AUCUUCCCUUCCAGAGACAGUCUUCCAUCCGUCUCCAUCGAACCGUUGAGCUGUUCGUUUCUUUUCUUCCUUUUCGUUUCUCUGGGUUCCUUUUUGCGGGUCAUAUCCUUCCAUCAACUAACCUUCCCCCCUAUCCCUUCGUCUUCAAGCCAAGGAGAGAGCAGAGCUCUAUAUACGGACAAACAACAACAGUCUAUAUACCCUUUAAGCUAAACUUCAUAUCGGUCAACUCCAUCUUCAAAGACUUUCACCAUGUCGUCCGAAAAAGCGCCGUCUACCUCCGACCUCUUCGAGGUUGCCUCGCAAGAUAAGCACCUGCAGAACAAGCUACGCAUCGUCCGUAUCCUGGACAGCGUCCAAACGGCCAUCACUCUCCUGGGCCUCCUAAUGGGCCUCACCGUCCUCGGUGUCUCCGCCAACACACUCUCUGUUUACAACUACACCAAGCCUCUACCGGGAUCUUUCCUCUCCCUCUGGCCUCAGGAGUUCAACAUCCAACCAGCCGUGGCCCUAGUUGCCUGCAGCGCCAUCAUCACUGUCCUCCACAUGGUUGCUUUGGUUUUUGCCAAGGUGCAAUUUCUCCGCACAGCCUCAAUCGUCCAAGUCUCUCUAUCCUUCGCCCUUCCCUUCAUCUCCCUCGUCGCCGCUCUCAUCGCCGUCAUAUUCUUCUACUCCGUCAACGCCUCCGACUCCGUCGACACCUUCUUGUCCUGGACCUGCCGGUGGCGGGCGGUUCCCAUGUGGACGCAGCCUAACUGGGGGACUCUGUGCAAGCAGAGCAAGGCGGGUAUCUACCUGUCCAUCCUGCUGAUCCCCGUGGAAGCGGGUGCGCUGGCGUUGAGCGGGUGGUUGCUCAAGGAGAGGAACUAUGUGGAGAGAUAUGUUAAUGCUAGGAAGAGUCCUGCUCUCUCUUAGGAGAGUUGUGUUGGAUAACAGAGAGGAUGGAAGGUAAAAGGUUGACGAUGUUGAUGAAUGGUACUGUAAUA